AUGGAAUCGAGUAUUGAUUUAGGUUUACCGGUCACGAAAGACACCAAUCCCUCCAAUAAUUCAUCACAAAAUUCUAUAAAAUCCACAGAAAAACCAAUAGGAAGGAGGGUUUCAGGUAAGCCAUGGAAAUAUCAAAAGACAGCAACACGAAGAUCACAACUUCCAAAAGUUUUACGUAAAAGUUGGACAGAGCGAAUGAAGGAAAAAAAUGAACGAAUAGCUGUAAAAUUACUGGAAAAUGAAUUAAAAGAUAAAGUUGAAUCAGAGAAAAAAAGCAAUUUUAAUUUUAAUGGCAACAAUAAUAAUAAAAAUUAUGCCAACAAUACUACUAUGAAGGACAAUCAUCCUAGCUACUCUAAUAAUAUUAGCACUUAUUAUACCAUUAAUAAUAAUGCUCUCACUGACAGCAACGAUAAUUACAAUGGAAAUUUCACUGGAGCAUAUCACCACAAUUAUAGAGGUGGUAAAUUUAAUGAUUCUGUUUCAAUAGGUAUAGCUCAUCCACCAUCACCUGGAGCACCAAAUUACCAAAACAAUAUCUUGAGAAAAAACUUGUUGAAAGAAUUCCCAUUAAAUAAAUACACAGUUGAUGAGGUCAAUAAUUAUAUCACAAAUAUAAUAAAAUGUCUACAAACUGGCCAAUAUGAAUGUAAAAUAUGUUAUAAAUCAAUAAUAUUCUACCAAAAAACCUGGACUUGUCAACUUUGUUGCACAAUAUUUCAUCUUGAUUGUAUCAAAAAUUUGGCAUCAAAGCAGAUCAUGGAAACUUAUUAUUAUGGAGAAAUUUUUUGGAAAUGCCCAGGUUGUGAUAUAUCAUCAAAAUCAUUCCCAGAUUCAUACCAAUGCUUCUGUGGUAAGACCAGGAAUCCAUUAAGCAAGAAAAAUACAACACCACAUGGUUGUGGUAAACUAUGUGGAAAAAAAUGUGAUAAUAACAGCUGUUCAUAUGCUUGUCAACAUGGGCAGAUAAUAUUAUGUAAUAAAGCAUGUGGAGAUCAAAACAUUUAUAAUGUUAAAAAGAGUGUGGCAAUCAUUAUUGUCAGAGAUCCAGUCAUCAAGGUGAUUGUGGAUCGUGUAAAGAAGUAUCCAAUAAGUCACUUGUCUGCAAAUGCGCAACAGCAGCAACAGUAA